GAACCAUAUCAGCACGAUGAUGACACAGGUAGUUUUUGUUGCGUCUUUCCUCCUGGUUGUUUCUGCCUUCCCUCAACACGGCUACCAUGACCACGGACACGAGCAUGUAGGGGACCACGACCACGGGUUCCACGUAGAGUACAAGGAGGACUACUACGACCCUCACCCCAAGUACAAGUUCGAGUACGGUGUCCACGACAGUCACACCGGCGACAUCAAGAGCCACAAGGAGGAGCGCGACGGGGAUGUGGUGCACGGAAACUACGAGCUGGUGGAGGCGGACGGUUCCAAGCGCGUCGUCCACUACACAGCUGACCACCACACUGGCUUUAACGCCGUCGUCCACCGACAACACAACGUCCAUCCUCAACAUUACCAUCAUCAUCAUGAGCAGCAUGCGCCAGCUCAUCUAUAUUCUCAUCACUACUAGAUUUUACCCGCAAUGUUGUUGAAAUAAAACCACUAUUUGUUCCUUA